AUGCCAUCGGAAUUCGAAGAUGUCUUAACAAAUCAACCUAUUGUCAUCGAUAAUGGAUCUGGUACAAUAAAAGCAGGUUUCGCAGGUCAAGACCAUCCGAAAUGUUUUUUUCCAUCCUAUGUAGGACGUCCAAAACAUGUAAGAGUGAUGGCAGGUUCAAUAGAAGGUGAAAUGUUCAUAGGCAAAAAGGCACAAGAAUUAAAAGGUUUACUUAAAAUUAAUUAUCCAAUCGAACAUGGAAUUGUAAAUGAUUGGGAUGAUAUGGAACGGAUUUGGAGUUAUGUUUAUCAAACUGAAUUAGAAACUGCAUCUGAAGAACAUCCUGUUUUACUUACUGAAGCUCCACUUAAUCCUUCACAUAAUCGAGACCAAGCAGCACAGAUCUUUUUCGAAACUUUUAACGUACCAGCACUUUUCACAUCAGUUCAAGCUGUUCUCUCACUGUAUGCAUCAGGAAGGACAACAGGAAUAGUAUUAGAUUCAGGUGAUGGAGUCACUCAUUCAGUACCAGUUUAUGAAGGUUUUUCAAUCCCACAUUCGAUUAGAAGGAUCGACUUAGCUGGUCGUGAUAUAACAAAUCAAUUACAACUUUUAUUACGUAAAUCGGGUUAUAAUUUCUUAACAAGUUCUGAAAAAGAAAUUGUAAGAAUUAUGAAGGAAAAAACAUGUUAUGUUGCACUGAAUCCGAUCAAGGAAGAAAAAGAUCAUCAUCAUGUUGUUGGAGCGGGUGGGGGUGGUGGAGGUGCUGGCGGAGGAGGUGGCGGCGCUGGUGGGGGUGGCGGCGCUGGAGCUGGUGGGAUUGGUGCUAGUGGUGGUGGUGGGGCUGGAGGUGGUGGUGGGACUAGUGGUAGUGGUGGUGCGGGAUUAGGUAGAGGAGAAGAUUUCAAACUACCUGAUGGUAGUGUAGUACGCCUUGGACCCGAAAGGUUUAGAUCAACUGAAAUUUUGUUCAAUCCAGAAUUAAUUGGAGAGGAAUAUAUGGGCAUCCAUCAAGUAGUAGUAGAUUCGAUUAAUCGUACAGAUCUAGAUUUAAGAAAACAUUUAUUUCAUAAUAUCAUCUUAAGUGGUGGGACUACUCUUUGUAAAGGAUUUGGUGAUAGAUUAUUAUUUGAGAUUAAAAAAUUAGCUAUGAAAGAUGUCAAAAUCAAAAUUUAUGCUCCUCCUGAAAGAAAAUAUUCGACUUGGAUUGGUGGUAGUAUCUUGGCUGGUUUGAAUACUUUCAAAAAGAUGUGGGUCUCAGCAGAAGAAUAUCAAGAAGAUCCAGAUAUUAGUUAG